AUAUGUAAAUUCAAUUUUGUAAAAGAAAAUCGGCAUGAUUAGUGAAAAAUGGCCCUCCAUGACACACUCACGGACGAGUAAGCACUACCGAGAGAAGAGUGGAGGAACCAUCCAUUUGACUGUCCUUGGGAGGAUAAUUAGGCACGGCAGGACUUUGCAUUUGACUGAACUGAUUCCUCAUGGUCGAAGGACGCAAUCACCGUAGCAUCAGGGAGUAUAUAACUUGUCCCAGGAGAAGAAUCUUUAUACUGCCAGGAGAAGAGUACAGCCAUGAAGACGUUUCUGAUCAUUCUUUUACUAGUUGCCCUGGCUACUGCUUGGAAUAAAAAGCUUUUCAGGUUGUUUCCGGGUCCCAUCACUUCACGCUAUGGCUACGGAUUAGGAACUCGAGGCUACGGAUACAGAGGCUAUGGACCAGUAUAUGGUGGCUACUCACCAGUAUACAAAUUAAGACCACUAAACAAAUUAGGAUUCGGUCUUCCUCAUUACAUUGGCAAGCGGGAGACUGAUUCCAUACCCAUAGUUAAUGAAGAAGAGAAGAAACCCAAGAACCUGUAUGCCCUAGGGUAUCCAUUUUACGGCGGAUUUGGCAAUGUGCCCUACGGCUAUUUUAACAGGGGCUAUGACUUUUACUACCCGUCUUUCAACACAUACUAUCCGUACUACUAUGGUAGUAAUUACCCCUGGUACAAUUACUGAUAGUUAGGUGUUAAAGAAACCUAAAACUGCAUACAUAGUUGACAAGACCUCAAAGUCUGAUGGAAAAUCAUCACUGCUACCAGAAGGUACAUGAGGAUGAAGGUUAUCUUAUAUGUUUAAAUUAUUUUAUGGCAUGAGUUCAGAGUUCCUCAUUCAGAGCGCCUUAGUAUAUGUAUAAAAAAAUAAUGAUUAGGUUUCUAUAUAUUUCGAAUCUGAAUUCAUAUUUUUUGUUUAAUGUAAACAAAACUAUUUUUGCUGAUCUUCCACAGUCAGUUUUAUUUUGAUUGAGCUAUAAUUUUGAAUUCAAGACGAAAAUCGUUUAAAUCGUUAUUGUUUGGCAAUAACCAAUUGGUUAUCAAUAUACCUAUAUCAUUUUCAAGUAGAAGGUUGGUUUUAGACAAUUGGAUAUAUAAUUACUAGACACUGAGAAAAGAGACUUUUUUUACUCUUUCUAUACCGUUUGUAAUGUUGAACUUUAUCGAGGUUCUGAGUUCCAUUUGGGAAGCAUUACUAUACAGACAGUCGAUCCCAGAGCUUGGACAAACUACUCAUGACUGUUAAUGUCCACACUGUGAGAUCGACUGUCGGGGAACUGGCGCUUUCAAGAUGGAAUCAAUUAUCUCCAUAAAUACAAGCUUGGAAUAAAAAAUAUAGAUUUUAAUGAAUUCAGAAAUGCUGAAUACAGGCGAAAGCAGGAUGUAUAUUAGACUAGUUAUCAAACAGAAAUCGUAAUGAGUGAUCAAGGUGAUUUUUUUAUGUCAUAUAAUACUUAACAAUAUUGAAUGUUCUAAUUUAAUUUGCCAUUUAAUUUCUUGUUUGAUCUCUGUUAGUGUUUAUGCAGCAAUUAGAGUUUAUCUCUGAAUCUUUCUCAAUGUACAAUAACGGCAUUAAUAACUUGUACAUAACAGAGCCACCUAACGUAAUUGCGCGCUUGGCUAGUGGACUUUAAUGAAAAUUUAAAUUGACUUUAAUGUUAGAUAUAUUUCGGUCGCUGCGCGAUCCGGACACAAGUAAUAAUGGUAAAAGAUAAUAAACU